GCACCCAAUAAAGACCGGUUGUUGGUACCUUCGUGGCCUUGUCUGUUCUUUGCACCCCGGCUGUCGUUGGGAAGUUGGAUCGUGGUGUUCGUGACCCUUGGCUCCGAUUUCUAUCGCUGCAAUGGCCACUUGGCCAAAGGUUCUUAUGGGUCUCCGGAUGGCAGCAGCGCUGCAAGGAGCGAUGCUGGAGGUUGCACGUCGCUCCCUUUCUGGCUCCCUGGCUGGUCGCUGCCUGGCAGACCUCCGCCUCUGGGAUGAACUCCAUGCCCAGUCACGUCGUGGCACAGACCACACCUUCGACUGGUUCUUUGGCUACGAUGAAGUUCAGGGUCUUCUCCUGCCACUGCUGCAGAAGACGCCUGCAGCGGGACCAGCACGGGUGCUGGAUGUGGGCUGUGGCAUCUCUGGCUUGUGCACCGGUCUCUACACCAAGUGCCCAUAUCCUGUGGACGUGCUAGGGGUAGACUUCUCUCCCGUGGCUGUGGCCCAUAUGAACAGCCUUUUGGAAGGUGGCACGUUGUGUCCUGGGCACCCUGCUUCCCGCCUUCACUUUGUGCAGGCAGAUGCCCAGAAUCUACAGCCAGUGGCAACUUCUAGCUCUUUCGAUCUAGUGCUGGACAAAGGCACCUGGGAUGCUGUUGUCCGGGGUGGUCAUCCUGGAGCUUACCGGCUACUGUCAGAAUGCUUGAGGGUCCUACAACCCCAAGGAACACUGAUUCAGUUCUCAGAUGAGGACCCUGACGUGCGGAUACCUGGCCUGGAGCAAGGUGUCCCUGGAAGGACUGUCUCUGUACAGGAACUUGGCCCCUUCAGGGGCAUCAGCUACUUUGCUUACAUGGUUCAAGGGCAGCUCAAAGACUAAGCAGCAGGUGU